CGGUGGCGUCCCAAGAUGGCGUCGUGGCUGCCGGAGACUCUGUUCGAAAUUGUAGGACAAGGCCCGGCGCCGAGCAAAGACUAUUACCAGUUAUUGGUCACCAAGUCCCAGGUAACCUUUAGAUGGUGGAAGAUCUCUUUGAGGAGUGAGUAUCGGUCAACAAAACCUGGAGAAGUAAGAGAAACCCAUGAAGAUUUCCUGGAGAACGCAAAUCUUCAAGUUCAAGUUGCCUUAAUAUUUGGUGGAAGAAUACUAGAAUAUAUCUCUAAUUUAUGCAAAGGGAAAUUUGACUACCUUGAGCGACUCUCGGACACUUUGCUUCUACGCAUCAUAGCUUAUCUGGACCUUGAAGAUAUUGCCAGGCUUUCUCAAACGUCACGGAGAUUUGCGAAGCUGUGCAUGUCCGACACACUGUGGGAGCAGAUCGUCCAGCUGGCCUGUGACAACAUCACCUCGGACAUGAGGGCGCUGGCCAUGGACAUCGGCUGGCGGCAGAUGUUCUUCACCAGCAAGCUGCAGCUGCGGCGGCAGCUUCGCCUGCGGACACAGAGCAGGAAGCCAGGACAGUCGUCUGAGGAAAAGCUUUCCCUCCCUGCAGCAGACGGGAGGCAAGUGUGCCCCAAUCUUUGCCUCCUUUGA